AUGAAGAGUUGUAGAACAAAGCUCUAUACUGUUCUUAAUGUUGUAGCACACGAUAAAUUGUUGCAGAUCCUGGCGCGUAUACUGGAAAAAAUGGCACUCCAUGAAUCUCAAGUGUUUACGACCAGUGAAAAAGACCACCUCAAGUCGAUAUUGACGAUAGAAGAUGCACAGAUCCAAGCGGUAGUAGACGUCGCUAAAGAAGUCUUCAAAGACGCUGCCACUUUUGGACAAAUUGAUCGGGUCUUUCUGUUAUCGCGUGGCGUGGACGAAAAAGUGGUGCAAAUAAUAGAGAAGAUAUGGCGAAAGAAAGGUCUUGCUAUGGCCAAACAGAUUGAGGCGUUUCAAGCAGUUGAGAUGCCCUCGUUGGUGCUGCAAAAGACGGAUUGGCGUCUUCAUUUGCAGAUGGGGAGCAGUAAGCGCAGCAGACAGUCAGAGCCGACCGCUAUUUUCCAGUUGAAUGUGGCGGACAUGAGUUCAGCUACGAAAGGGACUGAGAGGCUGGACAUUGAAUUAUCGCACGCAGAGUUGCACUCGUUGUUUCUACAGCUUAAUUCCAUCCAAGAAGAGGUGGACGCGUCGCCAACGCCAUUUGCAUCGUAA